UUAAGUAGAAACUUCAUUGUAAACUACUAAAAACAGGAUGUUUACCCACAACAGUACUCUACCAAUAAGUGAGACGCUUAUUUCCUACUUAAGAGGCUAUUUCCUGCUUCAUCACCACUUGUGUGCUCAACAUCUUCUGGGAGUCAAGUUAUUGCUCUUCUCUACCAACUAGAGUUAAAAUGAACGAGGAAAGUGACCAAGCAAAAAAGUGGCACAUUGGAUCCAUAAAGAGUUUCCUUGUUUUAUGCGUGGUGUUUGCUUUGCUUAUCCUGUACUGGGAAUCCCAAAGAAAAACCGAAUUUGUCCCUUUGACUCAUUUGAGAAAGACUGGGAAUGUGACAAUCCUUAUCUGGUACUGGCCCUUCGGCAGCACAUUUUCUCUAAAGGGUGAUGUAUGCUGGGAUCUGUACAAAAUACCUAACUGUAAACUGGUGGACCAGCGCUCCUUGUUCCCCUCAGCUGACGUUGUUGUGUUCCACAACAGAGAACUGAUAGCUGGUACCCAGAGACUUCCCACCGAGCUCCAGCGGCCGGGGGGUCAGAGGUGGGCCUGGAUGUCUCUGGAAUCUCCUGCUCACAACGGCAACCUGCACAAGUUUGCAAAUAUCUUCAAUUUGACAGUAUCCUAUAGGAGGGAUGCUGAUGUGUACACGCCAUAUGGUGAACUGCUUCCUUUGGAGUCUGAAGGUAACCUGGUGAAUGACAGUCACAUAAAUAAGACCUCUUUGGUCUGUUGGGUGGUCAGCAACUACAUGAACCACCACAAAAGGACACAAGUGUAUAGAGACCUCAGCGCCACAGUUCCUGUAAACGUUUAUGGCAGCUGGAAUAAAAAGCUCCUCUCCUCUGCAGACCUCUUACCAACAAUCUCUCGCUGCUACUUUUAUUUGGCUUUUGAGAACUCACAGGCAAAGGAUUAUAUCACAGAGAAGCUUUGGUAUAAUGCUUACCAUGGAGGAGCUGUACCUGUUGUACUGGGACCCCCCAUAAGUGACUACAAAGCGGUGGCUCCAGAUCAUUCUUUCAUCCACGUCGAUGAGUUUCCAUCGGUGCAAGAACUAGGAAAGCACCUUCAAAGACUUGCAAAGGACAGAAAGCAAUAUGAGGAAUAUUUUACGUGGAAACGAAACCAACGAGUUAAAGUCCAUGGAGACUGGAGGGAAAUGCUUUGCAAGAUUUGUUUACAGUACAACAGUUUACCUCAGCAUAAAGUUUACUCAGAUCUAGAGGCCUGGGACAAGACAAGUUAUACUAGAAAAUAAAUAGUUAUGUUGGUUUGCUUUGCUGUUUAGUUAGUGUGUAACUAUGCUUAGAUUAAUAAUAAAAUUUUCCAUACUUGUACUUUCGCAUCGUUGCUCUUAGUACUACAUGUUGAGAAAUCUUUGUAUCAGAAUUACACUGAAAAAAAUUAUGCAUCCGUUUUUGGUAUUUAGUUAAUUUUAUCUAUAUAUAAAACCGUGAAGCUGGAGGAGGAGGUGUGAUGGUGUUUUUGGGUGCUUUGCAGGUAAUGCUAUCUGGGAAUUAAUCAAAAUUGAAGGUAUACUGAACCAGCAUGGCUACCACAGCAUACUGCCAACAACAUGCUAUACCAUCUGGAUUACAUUUAGUUGGACCAUCAUUUAUUUUCCAACAGGACAAUGACCCCAAACACAGCUCCAGGCUGUGUAAGGGCUAUUUCACCAAGAAGGAGAGUUAUAGGGUGCUGCACCAGAUGACCUGGCUUCCACAAUCACCGGACCUGAAGCCAAUCGAGAAGGUUUGGGGUGAGCUGGACUGCAGAGUGAAGGCAAAAAGGUCAACAAGUGCUAAGGAUAUAUAUAAUUCCACAUGUGUUAAUUCAGUUUUGAUGUCUUCAGUGUGAAUCUUCAAUUUUCAUAGUCAUAAAAAUAAACUCUUUGACUGAGGAGGUGUGUCCAAUCAUGACUAUAAUAAAAUAAAUAAAGAUGUGACAAGGACAGUUAUUCUGGGUGUAACUGGUGUUGAUAUAUAUGAUGACUAAUCAAAGAGCAUCAGAGGAGUGUUUUUUAACUACUUGUUGAACAUCUAAUAAACUCAGACUUU